UGUGGACCUAUUUUUAUAAUUAUUGUCAUGCGAUAAAUACAAUGGAUAAAAAACUUGGUUCAACUGGGAAAGAAACAUCUAAAAUAAAUAUAAAGAAUGAGAAAAUAGCGGAAAUGGCAGCCAAAAUUGAUGAAACUGAUGAAAUGAAACUUAAAAUGUUGGCUGGACUGGAUAAACCGGAUCCUGAUGAUAUUUUAUAUCCACCGGAACUUAAUGCACAUCUAAUUGAACAACUGAAGGUAAUGACUGGGGAAAACAAUGAAUUACGUAAAUGCGUCUUCACUAAAGAUGAAGAAAUAAAACAACUAAACAGAACAAUUUCUGAUCUUAAUCAACGCAUACGUGAUAUCAUAUCCGGUUCCGGGCCGGCGAUAUCUUCAAAGUCAGCGGGUAUUAUUAGUGCAAAAAUAGCAGAACUAUGUAAACAAAAUCGACAUCUAGUAGCCGAAGUUGAAAGCUAUAAAACUAAGAAUUCCACAUUGGAGAGAAAACUUGUACAGUUAGAUAUUAUAAAUAAAGAAAAUGCUAAACUAGAUAGCUGUCUUUGUAAAGAAGAACCCAUUGAUGCGAAUCCUGAUGAACUGAAAGAGUUGAAUAAUAAACUUGCUGUUGUGAAUAAAAAGUUAUACGAUAGCAAAAACAGAAAUCUUGAACUGAAAAAUGAUAUACUGAUAGCGACUAAAAUACUACAACAAGAACUAGGAGACAAAUUUACGAGUAUUAAAGAUCUGCAAAAUGAAUUAGCGGGAUGGAAGGGUAGAGCCCAACAAAUCGUUUUAUUGCAAUCUAGAAUUAAUGUAUUGGAAGAAAAAUUAAAUGGAAAACAAAAAGAUCUUAUUGAGAUUAAAAAACAUGAUCAAGCACAGAUUAUACGGGAAAUAGAGGCGAAAAGGAAGAAAGAAAUAGACAGAGCAAUGGCUGGUUUGGAAUCGUUAAAAGCGGACAAUUGCGAGCUGAAGAAAAAAUUAGAUGGAGCAAAAUGUAGGAUUAGAAAUCUUGAAUGCGAUGCUACACUAAUAAGACAAAAAAUGCAAACCCUUGUUGAAAAAAGUAACCACGAUGAUCUUCUUAUAAAUGAACAACGGAAUCAAAUCAAAAGCCUUGAAUUGUAUUAUCAAGAAAUUUUAAAAGAAAACACGGUGAAAAUGAACAAAAUGCACAGCGAAAUUGCCGAAUAUCAGAAGCUUAUAAAAAAUACUGACGCUAAAAUUGAUGCUUUACGCGAGCAAGCUUCUGAAAAGGCCACAAAAAUUGAGGAACUAAGAGCUCAAUUGCUUAGAUACGAGGAAUGUUCCUUACAAAGCGUAUUCUUUACUCCCAUGAAAACAGCUACAGACAACGAAAUAAAGAAGUUGUCUGAUUUAGUUGUAAAAUUAAAUGAAAGGCUAGAUACAGAAAGGCACAAAUGGGAAGAGCUUGAUACAUUGCAUAGAAAAACUAAAGAGAAGAAAAGAAAACUGGAAAGGAAACUGUCAAUGCUUGAAGAAGAAAUUAAGAAUUUAAGGGAAUCGAGGAGAGGUUCUCGGACAUCAAAAACUGCGCUAGUAAAGGAUCAAAUGAUUGAUUCUUUUGCACAUGCUGCGUCUUUAAGUAAGAAACAAUCUUCUAUAGCAGCUAUCGCUGUGAAACCGAGUGAGACAACAUCCUCGGAAACACCUCAAAGUGAAGCUUACGAUAUUCUUGACAAAGACGAGCUCAAAUAUAAAUUAGAACUCGCGGAGGAAAAAUUAAAAAUUAUGGAGGACAAAUUAAAAAUGAUUGAAGAAGAAAAGCACGAUGAUUAUAAUCAUUUAACGGAUAUGAUACAAACUUCUAAACAAUUGUUUAAUGAAGCUUUAGCGGUUUUGAAAACAGAUAAAUGCCAAUGUAUGUCUUAAUUAUUAUUAAAAUCUUCUUAUGAUAUGGA